AUGCAGAUCAACGCCAUGCUUCUCGCCUUCAUCGGCACCUUUGCCCUGACCAACGCCGUGGUCGUCGAGAUGUUCGCCGACGAGGGCUGCGGGCAGUCUGUGGGGACUCGCAACGUCUACGACAACACCUGCGCCCCGACCCAGGGCUUCCAGUCUUUCCGCGUCAUCUCCAACGGCGGCGGCAACCAGUUCGUCCGCUCGUACAGCCCCAACAACUGCGCCGGUCCUCAGACCCAGUGCAUCCCCGCCAGCGGCGUGUACAACUGCAUCCGUGCCAUCAACGGCGCCGGAGGCAGCAACGCUUUCGGAUCCAGCACCAUCGGCUGUUAG